AUGCUUCUGCAGAAGAAUAGCGAUAGUGGAUAUCAUCCACAGUGUGACAAUUGGUCCUCCAACGUCAGGCAGCAUUUCCACAAAGAGUUCUUUUGUUUUGUUGGUUUACUGAUGUUGUACUAUGUUACAUGUUACACACUUGUAUGUUCACUAGGUGUUGUUGUGAAUUUCAAAUACCUCAGGAAAUAUGUUUGUUCAUGUUUAAUAUAA